UAUCACUUGUCACGUCAAUUUCUGUUUACUUCCUCAAUGUGUAGUUGAUAAACUAUUUUUGUGUUUUUAAUAAUUUUUAGUUAUAAUUAAAUUAACAUUCACUAUUUACUACUAUAAUUACUAUGACAAGUAAAACUAAUUCUAUAGAUGCACGUCAAGAACUCGCAGAUUUGGUAAAAAGAAAGGCUGAAAUUGGCGAAACCCUAGCAAGUUUGGAAAGACAAAUUUAUGCAUUUGAAGGUUCAUAUCUGGAAGAUACACAACUGUAUGGAAAUAUAAUACGAGGGUGGGACAGAUAUCUGUCAAGUAACAAAACAACAAAUUCCAAAGCAGAUAAACGGAACAGGAAAUUUAAGGAAGCUGAAAGACUAUUCUCAAAAAGUUCAAUUACCUCUAUGGCUGCUGUUAGUGGAAUUGCAGAUCAAAACCAGGAAAAAAUGGAUAGAAAUUCUGACGAUUCACAAAUAAAUGAUGAUUCAAAUGACACAAAUACACCGAUGAGUAAUAAUAUUGAUGCAGACAUUAAAAUCACUGGAAAACUAACUACUAAUCCAUUUUCUACCAAUGGAUCACUUAAUGGAAUUGAAACAGACAGUCCUUCUCGAGAUAGUGCAGUGAAGCACAAGAAUUUUAAUACAAAUGGGAAGAAAAAUAUAAAAAAAUUUAAACAAAGGUAAAAUUGGAUUUACAUAAUGGAGGUUAUGCAUUUGCAGAAUAAAUAUAGGGCCCAGGACUUUUAAAUGCAUUUAGUGCACUAUAUAGCAAGAUAAUCUAUAGGGUUAACAAAAUGUUUUAUUUAGAUACAUUCUUAUUGUUAAG